AUGAAAUAAACUAAAUUUGGAGGAAUAGAAUUCAACUGUGGAGAUCGUUAUCAAAUUGUAAAAUUGAUUGGAUCAGGUACAUAUGGUUCAGUAGUCCUUGCUUAUGAUAUAUAACAUAAAUCUAGGAAGGUAUUAGUGUAUAAAUAGACAUCAGGUUGCCAUUAAAAAAUUAAAUUAAAUAGAAGAUGUAAUCGAUGCUAAAAGAAUUUUGAGAGAAAUACUUAUUUAAAGAUAAAUGGAUCAUCCAAAUAUAUUAAAAAUCUAUGAUAUCUUGUAUGACUCUUAAAAUUUUGAUCUUUAUAUAGUAAGUGAAUACUAUCCCACAGAUUUGGGAAAAGUUGUAGCCGGUCAUUAAGAGUUAAGUGUGGAACAUGUUUAAUUUAUAAUGUAUUAAUUAUGUAAAGGAUUACAUUAUUUACAUUCAUCUAAUUCUAUUCACAGAGAUAUCAAACCUAGGAACAUAUUGGCAAAUGAGAAAUGUGAAGUUUGUUAUUGUGAUUUUGGUUUUGCUAGAAAAUUUGAUGAAAAUGAAGAAUAAUAAGGAGAUGAAAGCAUGACUGAAUAUGUAGUCACACGUUUUUACAGAGCUCCUGAAAUUAUGUUAUCUAGUUCUCGUUACUCUAAACCUGUUGAUGUUUGGGCAUUAGGUUGUACAUUUGCAGAGUUAAUGAGUAGAAGAAUUCUAUUCCAUGCUCCAAAUUAUCUUUAGAUGAUCAAACUAAUAUUUGAAAUAUUAGGUAAACCUUCAGAUAAGGAAUUAAGAACUUUUGUAACUAAUGCUAAUGCUUUAUCAUUUAUUGAAAAAUUACCUCCAAAAACCCCAUAACCUGCUUCUUUUAGUGUUCCUUAUCCUGAUGCUAAAGCUAGGGAUUUAUUAGAUAAAAUGUUAUAAUUGAAUCCUUUAAAUAGAAUUACUAUUUAAUAAGUAAGAAUUAUUUAAUCUUAGUGUUUAGAACAUCCCUUUUUUGAUUUGAUACGAAAUAAAGAAGAAGAAAUUACUUUUAAUGGUAUCUUAGAAUGCGAUUUUGAAAAAGAUGAAAAAAUUACAUUGUCAUAAAUUUAUUGUUUAAUUUUUGAAGAAAUUAAUAAAGUUAGAGUAAUGAAUAAAGAAUAAACCAUCAAUCCAAAUCAAGAAAUUCAAAAAUUAAGGCUCAAAAAAAAUAUUAAAUGA